AUGAGGGUGAUUUUGGUCAUUUUGAUUGUUGGAUCAAUUGGUGCUUUUUCUGGUUUAUGCACUAUUCUUUAUUUCCUUUGGAUUGGAGCUAAAAGACUAUUCUUGAAGAAGAGAGAUGUUGAUAAUUCAGAGCAACCUCAAAGAAAUGAUGAUUCUGAUGAUGAUGAUGAUGCCUAUAUUGAAUUGGCUCCACUGCCGGCGAAUCGCGCAUCGAAUGCAACAUUAGGAUCACUAAAGAGACAUAGGAGUGUUGGUAGUUCAUCGUCAUCAAAGCAUAAUUUGGAUAAGAUUGAAAAUUUUUCAUUACAUGAAUUAGUCACAGCCACCGAUAAUUUUUCAAAUGAUAACAAGAUAGGUUCUGGAAGCUUUGGCUCUGUAUACAAAGGGAAGCUAGCCGAUGAUCGCGAAGUUGCCAUCAAGAGAGGAGAUAUUGUUUCUAGCACAAAGAAGAAAUUCCAAGAGAAGGAAAUUGCAUUUGAUUCAGAAUUGUCAUUGUUAUCGCGGCUUCAUCACAAGCAUCUUGUGAGACUAAUAGGUUUCUGUGAGGAGAAUGAAGAGAGGCUCUUGGUUUAUGAGUACAUGAGCAAUGGAUCAAUCCAUGAACAUUUACAUAACAAGAACAAUGUUGAGAAAAAUAGUAGCAUUUUGAAUUCUUGGAAGAUGAGGAUCAAAAUUGCAUUGGAUGCUGCCAGGGGAAUUGAGUACAUUCACAACUAUGCUGUUCCACCAAUUAUCCAUAGAGAUAUCAAAUCCUCAAAUAUACUAUUGGACUCAAAUUGGAAUGCUAAGGUUUCUGAUUUCGGAUUGUCCCUUAUUUUGCCAGAGAUGGAACAAGAUUCGACUCCUAUAAAGGCGGUUGGCACAGUUGGUUACAUAGAUCCAGAAUACUAUGAAUUGAAUGUGUUAACAACAAAAAGUGAUGUGUAUGGUUUAGGAGUGGUUAUGUUGGAGCUUCUAACGGGAAAAAGAGUUGUGUUCAAAUUAGAUGAUGAGAGUAGUCCUAUGGGAAUAGUAGAAUAUGCAAGGCCAAGAAUAGCAAAAGGGGAAUUAUGCAGUAUUUUGGACUAUAGAAUUGAAAAACCUAAUGUUAACGAGCUUGAGGCUCUUAAGAUUAUGACUUUCAUUGCUAUACAUUGUGUGAAUUUGGAGGGAAAAGAAAGGCCUGAAAUGGCUGAAGUUGUUGCUAACUUAGAGAGGGCAUCGGCUUUUUUGGAGGGUAGUUCUAGUACCAGCUUCUCUAUUGUUUCAUGUUCUAAUUAG